ACUGAUUGAUCUUUAUUAAAGUUCUCGUUGGUAGAAACACGAAUUGUGAAUGGCCGCGAAAAUGGCAGCGGCAGAGUUAAAAGAGAAACAUGCUUCAUUUGUUGGAAUUGCGAAAAGUAAUAUAUCACAAACAGUUUCACACAGAGAAAUCGAAUGCUAUCAGUUUAAGAUAAAAGAUCUGUUAUAUUAUUUAUGUUCUAUCUUUUUUCUUUUUACGGAUACUAUAACAGACAGCUUUGUAUUUGUGCAAUAUCUUUUGCAAGGAUAUACAUUAUGGGGAUGUUUAUCAAUUAGUUUUACAAUUAUACCAGCUGGUAUUAUUCAGUUAUUCAGUUUGAGAUGGCAACAAAGUGAUGGCUCUGUAAAAUUAAUUCACUGGAUAUCACAUAUUUUUUUCUUAGGAGUAUUCCAUAGGUAUUUGAUUUUAUUAUAUACUGCUGUGUAUUCAUUGAAAAAUAAACAAUUUAUAAAGGAUAAGAAGUCAGUAUAUAGAAAAGAGAGUGAUAUUUGCAUGUUACAAUUAUUUAAGUCUUUCAUGGGAGCAGCACCACAACUUGUAUUACAGUUAUACAUUAUUGUCAUAUUACACGAUGCACCUAUUUGGACAAGUAUGUCAACUAUGGCUUCUCUUUGUUCUUUAAUUUGGGCCAUAGGAACAUAUAUAAAAGCCAUGCACAAAAUUAAUCCCAAUCACAAUAAUGAAUCUUGGAUAUCACUGAUGCUUCAAUAUCUUUGGAGAGGUGGAAUGUUAACUUCAAGGCUAGCUGUAUUAGUAUUAAUAGCAAUUUGUUUGAGAAAAUGGUUUUCCUUAUUUCUUGGCUUGCAUUGGUUAUUUAUGACUGUUUGGGUAAUUCUUCAAAACACAGACUUUUGUUCUACUAUUUGGGAAGAACGUAUUUAUAAUUGUAUUAUAGGGCUUAUUUAUUGUUUUGAUUUUUUUAAUUUAUGUGAAGGAAAAUCUCGUUAUAAGGUAUUUGCAUUUUAUUUGAUAAUAGUGAUCGAAAAUUUAUCUUCUUUAGUAAUUUAUAUGUUAAAUUUUAAACAAACAAUAACAAUCGAUAUAUUGAUAUUAAUGAUAUUUUUUAUUGUUGGGGGUAUGCUAAUCGGUCUUAUAAGUAUGUUAUUAUAUUACACUAAAUUUCAUCCAACAAGACACCUAAGUUUAGAUAAAGUUAGUAGUCAAAAUUCAAAUGUUAUUGUCAUUAGUAAUACAGAUACUCCUCGAUCUUUUAAGCAAUAUUAUUGUGAUCCAUUACCACAAUCUUCAAAUAUGUCUACAAGGAUGAUAACUGAGGAAGUAACAGCUGACAAACAAUUUUUGUUAACUAACAUCGUACAGAAUACUGAUUGCUUAGAGGAAGGUAUUGUUAAUGAAGCUUAUAAAAUAGAGAAUGAAAUAAAAACCGCUGAGCACAUGGUUUCUAAAUGCGAAAAAUCACCUAAUUCUUCGUUGAAAGAUAGGGAAACUUUAUCAGUUCACAAUAAAGAUAUAUCGAUUAUUAAUUCAUGUCUUAAAUGUAAUAGAAUAGUUCGUAAUAAUUGUAAGGAUACAUUUAAUGUUAUCUGUAAUUGCAUUGAGAAUACUAUUCCUUUAGAAAAUAGUCUUUCUACAAUUCAUCAUAGGAAACGAAGAGGUAUUUGUUUACCUGUUAUAGAUGAUUUAGAUAAGGAAAAAAACUUCACUGUGAUAAAUUCCAAUGUACAUAUUUCUUCACAAAAGCGUGGGGAUAUAUGUUCUUCAGCUCAACAUACACUUGCAAUCGAUACAGAUGUAGAAAGAUUGAAAUCUGAUUUCAAGCAUUGUGAAAUUCCUAUUGCAAAUUCAGACAUAGAUUUAAAAUCUAAUAAAUCUGUAGAUAAUAAAAAGUUUUGUUCCUUGGAAAAAACACUCAGAGACAUUAAUGGUGUUUUAAAUACUAUAAGAAAUAAAGAGGAAUUACAAAUUGCAACAAUUUCUCAUGGUGAUAAAGAUUCAGAUACAAAUAAAUUAUCUAAAGAUUUGCAACAAAAAGAUGAAACAAUGAGUUGUGUUACAUCAAUUCAUGAUUAUGAAAAUGUAUGUCCAUUAGGAGUUGCAAGACCACCAUGGUGUAUACGUAGUUGGAAGGGUUAUACAGACAUAGAAACUUAUCUUCAUGAUGAUAGUGUUGUCAGAGAUAGACGUAGAGAUACUUUAACAAGUACAACUACUGGAACAACAUAUAGCUCAGAUUUUUCUGAUGGAACGUGUACAAGUUCCUUGAUAAGAAGAAUUUUAAAACAAAAUGAUUAUUUAGAUACUUUGACUUAUGAUAUAGUUGAUUCAAAUGAACUUAAAGUGAAAUGCAAUAAUGAUCUAUAUACAUCGUCGAACACAGAGGAACAAAAUGCCACAUUAUAUGCCGCAAAACCGAUAGUAAUAGACGAUACAGGCGGGAUGUUUUCGUUAGAUACUAUUGUUGAAGAACAUGAUAAUGAUGACGAUGACGAUGACGAUAUUUUCUCUGUAACUACAAAACCUACAGAACCAGCUUGUACAUCAGUGAGUUCCCUUGUAAAUACUAUAGAUCAAAUCAGAACAUCGGCAGCUGAAAAUUCACCUAGACAUAUUUAUCACAGAACAGAAUCGCAUUGGAGUGAUAUGACACAAAAAGAUUUAUCAUUUACAAAUAUGUUGUUUUCCAAUAAGUUUCAUGAUACUCUUGUGGAUGAUGUAAGUUUUGCAAAAUCACCAGAUAAAUCUACAGAUAAGAUUGCAGAAAAAUGUGAAUUAAAUACAAUUAGAGAAUUGGUAAGGUCUUGUACAAUAGAGUCAAUUAAAAAAACUCCUUUAAUUGACGCUAUAUUGUCUGACUCUCCAAUUUUAGGAAAUAGAGCCAAAAUUCAAAAACAAAUGAAUGGGACAACCAGUUCUCAUGUAUUUAAUUCAAACGAACAUGACUUAUAUAUUGAAAUGAACUCUUUAAUACCUGUUGUUAAUUUAAAAGAUACAUGUAUUGACAUAAUAGAUGAUAAACCAUGUGAUCUGAAAGUUAUUGCAGAAAAUAGAAAUUUUAAUGUAUCAACAUCUAUAUCAGACAAAUCUGUAAAAGAGUCAUCAACAUCUGUGUGCUCUAUUAAUGAUGUUAUUAGUGAUAAUCAUUGUAAAAAACAAGAAAAAACGAUUAGUUACACAAAAAAAAAAUGGUCAUUAUUAAAAGAAAAAUUUGAACCAAAAUCACAACUUGUAUAUAUGGUUACACCAAACAAAGGAAUAACAGUAGAACACAUGAACUUUACAAAAAAUUCAGAGACAUUAACUAAAAAUGUUUCAAUUGUUUUAAAAAAAGCACCCAGUUUAUCUUUUACUCAUGAUAAAGAAAACUUAGCUCCAAUUUCUACAGUAAAAGAUAAUAUUACUAAUAAAUAUAGUGAUGUAUAUUUAGAAAAAAGCAAUAACAUUUACGAAAAUGAAGAAACAUUAUAUAAUGUACAAUUUAAUAUGAAAGAUAAGAGACACGUUUUUUUAGAACAAUUCUAA